UUUAACAACAUGCAUGAUGAUCAAUGUCCUUCAAACCUUUACAAAACGAAACAGAGGGUUAAUUCUAUAAAAAAUGAAGAUAUAUUUACAUAGAUGAACAUCACGUUCUAGUAAUUUUGUUUCAGAAGUGAACAAACAUUGUUUUGUGGGAAUAAGGCGUGUCUCGUAUCUUAGACCGUGAUAUUCAAGGCAGUCGAUCGAGAUUUAAAAAUACAAUAUGAAUUUGCUGUUCAUUGCCUCUAUUUGGAUCCUAUGUGGUCUUUCGGCUGCAUUGGACUUAGAUGUCGCUUGCGUAGAUAACACAGAAUGCACUGUCGCGGACUCUAUAUGCUCCCAGGCCUUGGGAGUCUGUAAAUGCGUCCCUGGAUACCGGAAUGUUGGAACUACAUCCUGUGUGAAUACAUUUGAUUGUCGACGUAGGAAUAGCGAUUGUGAAAAUGGUGCGGUAUGUGAUCUUACAACUGGCGAAUGUCCAGCUGACUGUGGUGGAGCUACAAUAGACGGGUUCAGUUGUAACGUUGAUUCAGCUGUGAAAACUAUUGAAGCAGAUUUCACAAAUUGCCCGGAUGCAUAUUUACCUGGGUCCCAGUUUUGUUUGGAUGACGUAGCGUCGUCAGGAACAUAUACGGUUCUAUGUAAGAAUGGGUUCUAUGGCACUAAUUGCGAAAUACCAAGAAUAUACGCUGUGUGUGACGACCCCGCUGCCAUCACAAUAGUUGCCAACCCAUAUACUGAGACUAGUGCCACUUUUGACGGGAAAGUAUACGCUCUUGAUCACGAAACAGAUGGCGUUUGUGACAUCGUUGCUGGAGGCAUUACUGCUGCCCAGGGGCUUACAUUGAGUGGGGCUAUAACAGCUAGUGACUUCUUAGGUCUUGCAAGCGAUCCAUUGAAUGUUGACCAAACUGGCGCAAUGCACCCCUGCUUUGAUGCUGUAACUGGGAGGCAGACGGAUACACCAAAUACCGGUGACACGACAUACGAAUUGAAGGUAAUCGUUCAGUACAACUCGUUAUAUCACAGCUCUUUGGAUGAGAUCCACACAUUGCAAUGCGUUCACAAAGGAGCUGCAAGUUACUUCACAAAUUUUGGUUCAACUCUCGAUUCAAAUACUGACCAAUCCCAGGGCGGCAGUAACGCCCAGCCAUUCUCUCCAGUAACAUUUACAAUAGAAGACCAGAGCGCUGCUUUAGGCACCCCACUUGCAGCACCCGUUACAGUAUCAACUCCACUGAGACUGCACAUCAAACUCGCUACAAAUGCUAAAUAUACAUCGUUCCUGGUAGAAUCAUGUGUAGCUCAGGAUGAACCGUUUUUAGCGGUCCCUACUGGAAAUGAGAAAUCUAUCAAUUUAAUGACUACAGGGUGCGCGGAUGGUGACAACACAGCUAUAUUUGAAGCCGAUCCACUGGACCUCACUGGUGGUGACUUUACAAUGAAAUUCAUUGCGUUCAAGUUUGUGGACAAGGCACAACUUUAUUUCCAAUGUGACAUUAAACUCUGUGAUGCGUCAACAGCGGCAAACUGCGCAGCCACUGGUUGUACAGCGGGAUUAGGCGGGCCUUCUGGAGGUGGAACAUCGGCUGGAUUUGGAAGGAAACGUCGUCAGACCUCAGGCCAGGAAACUGUAAAAGCAAACUCUGGGAUAGUCACUGUGAUAGGGGCUGGGGACGACGUCAGUAAAUACAUAGGAAAUCUUAGUGGAAACCAAAACACUGUUACUAGUGAGUCUUGUCUCCAAAGUACAGGUUUUCUUGUAACCGUUGGCAUACUCGCUGCUCUUCUCCUGGUUGCCGUCGUUGUGUCCCUUUACAUGUGUGUGCGUUUGACGUCACUCGGGAACUCUUCAUCAAAUGAGAAGAUCGUAUACAAGGCAUAAUGGCCAAAAGCAUGGAAACUAUGAACGGCAACACAAUUCAGGGGAUAUAUAUUUAAUAACGAACUGGAAUUGAUGAGUCAUUCUGAUAGUGUUACGUUAUCAUAUUUAAUUUUGUCAUACCAAGUUUGAGUGGACACGGACAUUGAGAUUCGGACAUAGAUUAGUUGCAGUAGAAACUGUAUUACAUUGUAAAUAACAUGUGCAUAUAGACAAUCUAUUAAAAUUAUUUUUAUUAUAAUUAUAUCAUUUGAAUAAUUUUUACAUACUAAUGAUUAUGACAAAACAAUGAUACUUACCACAAUGAAUAAUUAAAAAUGGAAAGUAAUAUAAAGGAAACAUUGCCAAAACUUCCUCGAUAGUUCAAGCAAUACAAAAAUAUUUGUGCCAUAAAUCCUCAACAGAACAUCGAAUCUUAGCUUCCAUCAUAAAUUGUUAAUCUCAACGAAGAACAGUCUUGAAUUUGUAAUUAUAUAAAAUAUUUCAUAUGUUCUUGAUUAGUUGUUUUAAGAAUUAUUUUUCACAUCUAUACAAUGUUACAUGUAAGGCUUUUGCUUCUUAAUUACAUUAAACCAUUACAUGGUUAAAUCUUAAAACUGUAAAUGUUUGUAAUUAUUUU